AUCAACCGCUUAAACAACCGAAACGAUUUGGUGUGGACACGGCAAAUGUUCCAAAGACUAUCUCUCUCGAUCUCGGUGACGUUGACUUGAAUAAUAUCGUCAUUCUAUUUCAAAGUCUGUCUCGCGCUGCUUUAGCUCAUUUCUCUUCUAACCAGGCGGCAACCCAAAGCCAAAAACCAAACAGAACGACACAAGCAAGAAAUUGUCCAUGCUUACCAUUCCCGCGAUUCUAAUUCCUAUCCACGUAUACAAUUUUCCUCCGCUUUCUCUCUAAUUUCUCCGUCAGUAUUUGAUUGGAUACGAAUCUUAGUUUGAUCCAAUCUUCUUAUUGCCGCUCAGCUCUUUCUCUCUGCAUCUGUAGAUUGCAGACCACGGGAAAAACCCUAAUAUAAUUCGAACAUGUCGAAAUCUCUGCCCUAUUCCAUGAAAGAUGUGCACUAUGAUAAUGCCAAGUUCCGCCAACGUUCUUUCGUCAAGGUGAUCUCGCAGUCCUUGAUUACUAGUAACUUAAAGCGUGACUGUGUAGGUUGUAGCACUGGAAAGUUUCUAAUGUUAUUGAUGAUCUUUGGUUUGGCAUAUCUUAUUCUGACUCAUACAAGUAGUCCUCAUUCUUUUUCUGACGGACUCGCAAAAGGAACAAAUGCUAGUGAAGAAAGUGUUAUGGAUGUAAGUAACAGAUUUGGAAGAUUUUGGAGAAAACCACCAAGGCUUCCUCCUCGAUUAUCACCUGACGAAAAGGUUACUAAUAAUAAACCUAUUCAUGAAUUAGGGAGGCUAAAUUCUGAUCCAAUAUGGUUAGAAAGGCAACAAAAAGUAAAGGAGGCUUUCAUCCAUGCUUGGUCCGGCUACAGAAACUAUGCAAUGGGAUAUGAUGAACUUAUGCCACUGAGCAGGAGGGGAGUUGACGGGUUAGGAGGUCUAGGUGCUACUGUCGUGGAUGCUCUUGAUACUGCCAUGAUUAUGGGUGCUAAUGAAGUUGUUUCUGAAGCGGGCUCAUGGAUUGAAACACACCUUUCUGAUAGGAUUAGCAAGAAAGGCCAAGUUAAUUUAUUUGAAACUACCAUUCGUAUCUUGGGUGGUCUUUUAAGUGCAUAUCACUUAAGCGGAGGGGAACAAGGGACUAACUCUAUGCGUGAGGGGCAAAAACCAAUCCCUUAUCUAGAAACUGCUAGAAACCUGGCUGAUCGAUUGCUAGUGGCUUUUACAUCCAGUCCAACUGCUAUUCCCUUCAGUGAUGUUGUUCUACAUGAUCACUCAGCGCAUUCCUCACCUGAUGGUUUGAGCAGUACUUCUGAAGUUUCAACUUUGCAGCUUGAGUUCAAUUAUCUCAGUACCGUUUCUGGUGAUCCCAAGUACAGCAUCGAAGCUAUGAAAGUUUUGGAGCAUAUGAAGAAUCUACCUAAGGUGGAAGGGCUGGUUCCUAUCUACAUAAGCCCUGACACUGGUGAAUUUAGUGGAGAAAACAUUAGACUGGGUUCUCGUGGUGACAGCUACUAUGAGUACCUAUUAAAAGUAUGGCUUCAGCAGGGAACCAGUCGAGAUACCAAUUUUACGUAUCUGCAUGACAUGUAUGAGGAGGCAAUGAAGGGUGUUAGGCACCUGUUGGUUCAGAAAUCAAUCCCAAAUGGAUUGGUUUUUGUUGGGGAAUUGCCUUAUGGACCAAAGGGUGCUUUUGAUCCCAAAAUGGAUCACUUGGUGUGCUUUUUACCUGGUACUCUUGCUCUUGGUGCCACUAAGGGCAUCACAAAAGAAAAGGCAAUGAGAGACAAUCUGCUCAAAUUUGAAGACCUGGAAAAUCUAAAGCUUGCCGAAGAUUUAGCUAAGACAUGCUUUGAAAUGUAUUCAGUCACUUCUACUGGUCUUGCCCCAGAAAUUGCUUAUUUCCACACCAAGGAAUAUUCUGAAGGUGGGCUUGAUGGUGGGAAUAAGGGUUCAAAGUUUGUUGAUGACAUAAUAAUCAAACAUGCUGAUCGGCAUAAUCUUUUGCGCCCUGAAAGCGUCGAAUCAUUUUUUGUACUAUAUCGAAUUACAGAGGACCCAAAAUACCGUGAAUGGGGUUGGCAGAUCUUUGAAGCAUUUGAGAAGUACACAAAGGUUGAAUCUGGUGGGUACAGUUCUUUAGAAGAUGUGACUGUGCUUCCUCCUCGUAAAAGAGACAAGAUGGAGACCUUCUAUUUGGGAGAGACAUUGAAGUAUCUAUACUUGCUAUUUGGGGAUAGCUCUGUCAUUCCAUUGGAUAAGUUUGUCUUUAACACCGAAGCUCAUCCUCUCCCUAUUAAAGGCACCUAAUAGGGACUGAUUUCUUUUGCAUCUAAAGCACGCAUUUGAAGAAGCACAUUUGUAAUUUGUAUUUUGGUGGGAACUAGACUUGACUACUUGAAAUGUUGCUGUUGCAUCAUUCCCAUGGUUGGUCCUGGUUUAAAAUGGUGGUCAAGUAAAAAUCAAGAAUUGUUAUUCGUGCAAUGCAUCGAUGGUUUGAUCUGCACUCAAUUGCGAACAGAGAAGAACAUUUUUUGGGCAACUCUAUUCUUAUGGCCCACCGGAUUAUGACAUGGGUAUUAGAUGUAAUUUUUUUAGUUAACAUUCUUCGUGUUUGCAUCGGGAUGAGGUUCUCUGCUUCAAAAGUACUGAGUGAAAGUGAGACCAUUUGUAAUUGACUUAUUCCAAUUUUCCAGCACUUGCUGCAGAUUUGGAGGCCUAUUUGGACCAACUGAUGUAUUGCACUUUUUUUCAAUAUUUAUUUAUACAUUGCUCAAUAUUUCAAGCUA